AAUGGAGACGACCUGAGCUUUAAGGAUUUUUUUUUUGUAUGGUGGAUGAACCGGUUUAGAGCUCUUCAAAACAAGAAAGCCACCAAAGCAAACGGCUCACCGCGCCUACAAAGACGAGUUUCCUUCUCCUUCGGCUCUUGACAUCUCCGCAUCUCCGGGCGUGAGCGAUGGAGAACGGGACUUGUGACGACGUGGAGUCACUGUGGGACACGGUGGAGUGCAGGCGCUACGACCUGUGCCGCACCAUCUCUCCGGCCAAGCUGACGCCUUACCUCCGCCAGUGCAAAGUGCUGGACGAGCAGGACGAGGACGAGAUCCUGCACUCCAUGCUGCUGGUCACCAAAACCAACCGCACAAGUCGUCUUCUCGAUAUCCUCCUCACUAAAGGAGAGCGGGGCUAUGUGGCGUUUCUGGAGAGCCUGGAGUUCUACUACCCCGACCUGUACAAGCUGGUCACCGGGAAGGAGCCGACGCGCCGCUUCUCCACCAUCGUGGUGGAGGAAGGUCACGAGGGUCUGACUCAGUUUCUCAUGAAGGAGGUGAUGAAGCUGCAGCAGCAGUUUAAAGCCAAGACCCUGCAGCAGGUCGAGCUCAGCAGGAAGAACUGCACCCUGGAGGACGAGCAGAAGAAGCUCCGGCUGGCCAACCAGGAGCUGCAGGCCUUACAGCAAAGGUACAAUAAGCUGAAAGAGGAGCGAAACACCUACAACGACGAGCUGCUGAGAGUGAAGGACGAGAACUACAAGCUGGCCAUGAGGUACGCCACGCUGAGCGAGGAGAAGAACAUGGCCGUGAUGAGGAGCCGCGACCUGCAGCUGGAGAUCGAUCAGCUGAAGCACAGGCUGAACAAGGUGGAGGAGGAGUGCAAGAUGGAGCGCAGGCAGAGCCUCAAGCUGAAGAACGACAUCGAGAACCGCCCAAAGAGGGAGGAGAUCUUCGAGCUGGAGCGAGAGAACGAGAUGCUGAAGAUCAAGCUGCAGGAGCUGCAGUCCAUAAUACAGCCGGGACCCUUACCCGCGUCAGACAAGGCCAUCCGCGACAUCCUGGAGCACGACAGACAGGAAGCGCUCGAAGACAGGCAGGAUCUGGUCAACCGUCUGUACAACCUGCACGAAGAGCUCCGGCAGGCGGAGGAGCUACGUGACAAGUAUCUGGAGGAAAAGGAGGAUCUGGAGCUGAAGUGCUCCACCCUGCAGAAGGACUGUGAGAUGUAUCGCAACCGCAUGGACACCAUCACCAUCCAGCUGGACGAGGUGGAGAAGGAGCGGGACCAGUCCUUUCGAUCCAGGGACGAGGCGCAGCACCAGUUCUCCCAGAGCCUCAUCGACAAAGACAAGUAUCGCAAACAGAUCCGGGAGCUGGAGGAGAAGACCGACGAGCUCCACAUCGAGAUCGUCCGCAAAGAGGCCAAGCUGGUCACGCUGGAGUCCCGCCUCCGCCGCCUCUCCAAAGACGCCGUCCUGGACCACGUGCAGCUCCGGCACUGCGAGGUGGACACGAGUCUCCCGAAGGACCUGCCCCCGCCGAGCACCUCCCCCGGCGAGGAGUUCAGAGCGCCGCCGGGCCAGUCGGGGUGGUCGAGCGACGAGUCGCCGGAGAAGCUUCUGCCCGAGGAGCCUCGACUGAAACGCAGACCCAACCUGAAAGCAGUAAUCAGGAGCAAACCUCCGAUCACUGUUUUCAAAGAUCCUCAUGUCAACCCAGAGGCCGACCAGGCAGCAGCUUCGCCUUCGGUCAACGAACGGGACUUCCUGGAAAUCAUGCCCAACCUGCCGGGAAACAGCAGCUCUCUUCCUUCGUCGCCCUGCUUCCCCAUUUCCCCGACGUGCGCCCCCUGUUCCACUCGGUCCCUGUGCUCCUCGCCGGCGCCCUGCCCCCUCCUGCCCCCCCUCACCGCCACGGACCUGCCCGGCCGGCCCAACAUGCAGCUGCGUACCUACCGCAACGACAGCAUCCUGUCCACGCACCCCGAACCGCCGGAUAAAGCAUCACUCUACCGCAGAGAGAGGGAGAAGGAGUAUGACUUUCCCCUACGCAGUGUGGUGGACUUUGAUAGUGACAACAUGGAAAUGAUGUCCGAGGAUGAGGUGCAGCGUCCGGACAGCGGCCCUCCCUCGGUGCACUCGUCCUCCUCGUCCCACCAGUCGGAGGGGCUGGACACGUACGACCUGGAGCAGGUCAACAACAUCCUGAGGAAGCUCUCUCUGGAGAGGCCAAUCCGCCCGUCCCUGUCCUCCUUCUCCAGGAGCAGCUCCUCGCUGAAGCCCGUCCAGGAGCUGUCCCUGCUGGGCGACAGCCUGCUGAAGGACGUCACGCUGGUCGGGGGGAAUGACAGCGGCAUCUUCAUUUCGGCCGUCCAGUCGGGCUCCGCCGCAGAGAAGGCGGGGUUACGGGAGGGCCACCACCUCCUGCUGAUUGAGGGAUGCAUACGUGGGGAAAUCCAAAGCAUUUCACUGGACACCAGCACUCAGGAGGAGGCCGUCUGGACCCUGCAGCACUGCUCCGGCACCGUCAGCCUGCACUAUCGGGCCAACUACGAGACUUACCGCCGCCUCCAGAAGGAUCUGGCCGACGGCAAGGUGGCCUCCGGCGACUCCUUCUAUAUCCGCGCCAACCUGAACAUACCGGGGCAGGUGGAGAGCUGCACCUUGCCCGUGCGCUGCGACGAGGUGGUGCACGUGCUGGACACCAGGUUCCAGGGCCGCAGCGAGUGGCUGUGCACGCGCGUGGACCCCUACACCGGCCUGGAUCUGGCCGACCGGGGAACCAUUCCCAGCAACUCCCGAGCUAAACAGCUGCUUCUCGCCAAGAUUCAGAAGUUAGUGUAUCGAGGGGGGAAAGAAGAAAAUGAAAUCCUCCGGAACAGCAAGAAUAAUUUACAGCCGGAGGAAGGCAGCCCCUCGACCGACCCCAAAAGCAGCCCUCGCUUGUCCCGAGCCAGCGUCUUCCUCACUCAGAUACUACAGUUCGUCAGCAGGGUGGACAUCAAGUACAAGCGGAUGAACAGCAAUGAGCGCGUGAGGAUCAUCAACCCGGGCAGCACAACACUACCCAGACAGGGCUUCGAGACGCUCCGACCUGAAGACGCUGCAGACCCAGACAGCGAGCUCAGCAGGAGCUUGAACCUGAUUCCCUACAGUCCCGUCACUCCCCAGCGGACCCAGAGAAGACGGCCCGUCCUGUUCAGCCCCAACGCCCUCGCCAAAAUCAUCAUCCAGAAGAUCCUCAACAUGGGGGCGGCGAUGGACUUUAAUAUCUGCAAACCAGACACGUUGUCCAAAGAGGUGUUUCACCUGAGGCAGAACGUGGAGCCCUUCAUUCACUACAAGGAAAGACAGACCACCUUCGAAUGCAUCACCAGAGAAAACAUCGAGGCCGUCGCCACCAAGGGUAAACACUGCCUGCUGGAGGCCGACCUGACCUGCAUCAAGGACCUCCUGAGGAGGGAGAUUUACCCAAUCAUCAUCUACAUCAAGAUCUGUGAGAAGAAUGUGAAGAAGCUACGGAAGUUGCCUCUGCGCGUGGAGUCGGAGGACGAGUUUGUGAAGCAGUGCCGGGCCAAAGAGAAGGAGCUGGAGGGCGUCCCCUGCCUCUACGCCACCCUGGAGCCCGACUCCUGGACGGGGACGGACGACCUGAUCAGGAUGGUGAAAGACAGGAUCAUGGAGGAGCAGAGGAAGACUGUCUGGGUGGAGCAGGACCUGCUGUAGACACACACACACACACACACACACACACACAUCCACCCAACAGUCUGCACAUGAAAGUAGCCAAACGCAGUAAAACACACCCCAAAAAAAAAACUUUAACCUCUCUACAUUUCUAUUUAUAUAAAAAAAACAAUGUUAUCACUGGAAAGGUUAAAAA